GUUAUCUGAACCUAACACAUUACUCGGCCAUAAUUAUAAAACGGUUUUGAAAACUUGGUCGCUUCAUUUUCAGAUUUAUUUACUUAUAUAAUGGGUGACGAGGAGUCAAAUAUCCCUGAAAUUGAACUUAUAAUCAGAGCUUCAACCAUAGAUGGAAGAAGAAAGGGUGCUUGUCUCUUCUGUCAGGAAUACUUCAUGGAUCUGUAUUUGCUGGCAGAGCUGAAAACAAUUGCGCUGAAGAUAACAACUGUGGAUAUGCUGAAGCCGCCGGCAGAUUUUAGAAAAUUGUUUAAUACUCUGAUUGAUGCUGGUGUAGCAGUGCUAGAGAAUGAAAAGAUUGAACGCCAUAUUAUGAAAGCUGUCCCAGGGGGACAUAAUCUCUUCAUUCAAGAUAAGGAGGUGGCUGGACUAAUUGAGAAUGUGUACAGCAAGUUUAAGUUGAUGUUGAUUAAGAAGGAUGAGCAAACCAAGAAUUCUUUAAUCUCCCAGCUUACAAGGAUAUCUUCACAUCUUGAUGAUAAAGGUUCUAGGUUCUUGACAGGUGAUACAAUGUGCUGUUUCGACUGUGAACUGAUGCCAAAGCUUCAGCAUAUUCGAGUAGCUGGAGCACACUUUGCGGAGUUUCAUAUUCCAGCAUCACUCUCAGCUCUCUGGAGGUAUAUGGGAUGUAUGUACAACCUAGAUGCAUUUACCACUUCCUGUCCAGCAGACCAGGAUAUAAUAUCUCAUUAUAAAAUGCAGCAGGGAGGUAAGAUGACAAGAAGAGAGGAACUUGAAACUCCAACCUACACCAACACAGUGGAAAACUAGAAAUUCUUGAAGUUCUUAGAGUUCUUGGAAGGGAGUGGCUUGAGUUCUCAAAACCAGUUAAAACAAUCCUCAUGAACUACAUCAUGUAUUGUAUAUAUUUACUGUGUACCAACAUAUUUAACAACGAUCAUGAACAAAUGUACGGUGAAUGAUCGCUAAACCAAGUUGGGGUGGUUUGGGGGGGUCUUAUGAAAGGUUUAAUGUAAAUAAUAACCCAAUUGAGAAAAAUAGUGCACUGUUCAAUGCACACUCUUAAGGUCACUGAAUAUGUGGAUAGUGAACACAACAUUUCAUUGUACACAAUAACCUUCUACAAUCUCUUGAUAUAUUGUACAUUGAUCAGUGAGCUACUGACUCAGCAAAACUUAACAGUU